ACCCAAACUGGGCGGUUUUCCUCAGGAAGACGGAAAUCCCGGUGGAAACGUGACUCAGGAGAAUCCCGAAGCUUUUCUGGAAGGAGUCAAUCUGAGGAACCAAUGGAGGUCACUCUGCAGACAGACGUGGAAGCUGGAGCCAGCGGCUACAGUGUCACUGGUGGUGGGAAAGAGGGGAUCUUUAUCAAGCAAGUCCUGAAGGACUCCACUGCCGCCAAGCUGUUCAGCAUGAGAGAAGGUGACCAGCUGCUGAGUGCAACCAUCUAUUUUGACAAUAUUAAAUAUGAAGAUGCCCUCAAGAUCCUACAGUAUUCCGAACCAUAUAAGGUGCAAUUCAAUCUCAAACGAAAACUGGCGUCAAAAGAUGAGACAGAAAAAGUCCAUCAUCCGGCCCCAAGUGACAUUAGAGAAACAGACCAACAGGGUGAAGGUCUGACAGAUGGAACAAUGGAGACUAUGGAAAAGAUGCUUGAAGAAGAAGAGGACAAAGAAAAGUUAAUAGUCAAAUCCAGAACGGGAAGGAGCCAGCGGCCAAAAAAAGAGAGGUUGUCAUGGCCCAAAUUCCAGGCAAAGAAAACCAAGAAGGUUGUGAGCCACCGUAGGUCGCAUAGCACAUCAGAUGCCUGUGAGGGCAGAGCAACUGACCUUUCUCCAACAAGCACAGAUACUGAAUUACAUUUCCCUAAAGAGGAGACACAUCUCAAAGAGAAGAAAGGCAGUGAGAGAAAGAGGAAGUUCCUGAACAUUGGAUUUAGGAUGCAUCGGAAGCCUGAAAUAGAUGACAAGAUAGCAAAGGCGGGCAUGACGACGGCAGAAGCAAGAACCAAAACAGCAAAAGACAGCCAACGGAUCUCCUUGGACCUACAAGAUCCUGAAAUGGAACUGGGCAGGCUGGAAUCCCAGACCGCAGCUGGAAUCCCAGAGCCCUUGGGGAAAGAAGCUAAUAAGUUAAAGCUAGACCUCCAAGUUGAUACUGGAACAAAGAAACAGGAAGAAGUGACAUCAGAAACUAAAGCUAUGAGUGGGACUGUGAUGGGGAUUCCAGCUUCUGUCUCUGGAACACUCACUGGGCCUCAUGUGUCUGUAAGAGGCAGAAGGAAAAAAUCAGAUGAUGUGACAGACACCACAAAGGACACAGUGAGUGAAAGAAAGCAUGGGUUACAGGCUGGAAAAGAAACAAGAGAAAGAUUAGAAGAUGUUUCCUUUGGUGUGCAAGGGCUGGAGAUUGGAAUUGCCAAAUUAACACUUCAGGAGCCUCAGGAGGAAUUGGUCAAAGGCUAUGAAACACCAGAGAUAAGAGUGAAAAUACCAACUUUGCAAACACCCAAGUUUGGCUUUUCCAAAGGAAAAGUGCCUGAGGCUAAAGGAAAUGUCAUUGAGCAUGAAAAGGAACAAUCCCUGGGGAAGGUCACAGUGAAUUUGGGGGAGACGCUUAUGGAACCUACACCUGAGAGAAAUAUUUCGCAACCAGAUGUGACUGGAGCAGUUGGAAAGAUUUCAGUAGAGACUCCCAGCCUAGAUCACACCACCCCUAGCAUAACUGAAAAAAGUACAGAGAUGUCAGACUGGAAGGGCCAGAUAUCCAGCAUGAAAAUGCCCCAAAUGCCCAAAGCAGAUGUUAGCAGCCCCAAGGUGGACAUCACAAUUCCUAGUGCAAGUGUGUCCCAGCCCAAGGUUGGGAUCCAGGGUCCAGGAAUAGGAAUAGAAGGAGUGAAGAUGGAGGGAGACAUCAAAAUGGGGGACAAGGACAUGGAGGGAAAGGACAGCAAGUUCAAAAUGCCCAAAUUUAAGAUGCCAUCAUUUGGAUGGUCUCCAAGCAAAGAAAAAAAAGGGUCAGUAGAGGUGUCUCUGCCAAAAGGAGAGGUGCCUUCUUCCCUAAAGGGAGAUGACAAAGGGGGAGACCUGAGCUUGUCACUCAUGUCUGCAGAAAUCCCAAUGAAGGGGAUAGAUCUCAGUAUGAAAAGACAAGAGGAAGAAGUUGUUGCCAAAGACCGUAGAGAUAAUGAGGACAUGGGAAUCAAAGGAGCCAAGGUUCAGGUGCCGAGUAUCAAAAUGGCAAAAGGAUCAGAAGCUGAAGGGGACGGCACAAAGGUGGAUAUUGCCAUUCCCACUGUAGAUGUGUCUCUGCCCAAGGUCAAACUAAACAGGGAGGAUGUGGGAGCAGGAGUAGAAAGGGUGGAUAUAAAAGGAGAUGGAAGAAUGAAAGAAAAGGAAGGUGAUCAAAAAGAAAGUAAGUUCAGAAUUCCAAGAUUCUCCAUGCCAGGCUUUGGCUGGGGAGGGGGGAAGGACAUUGGAUCCUCAGUGGAUGCAGAAAACAAAAUUAAAGAACCCAAGAAGACUGUCCCAUCACACACGUUGGACACAGAACAGAAUCUGGACAUUAAAGACAAAAACGUUGUGAGUGUGGAUGUAAAUAUAGAGGUUCCGGAAGGACAGACUUCCAAGGAAGAGGGGAACAAAGAGAAGAUACCAAGUAUAAAGAUGACAAAACUUCCAGAUGCUCAGGGAAAGGUUGAAAAAUCAUUGACAUCUGAAAAAAUGAAGAUUAAAGGGACAGAUGUACGUGUCAAACUGAGAGGUGCUGAAAGUAUAGAUACAAAGUUGACAGAAAAAAUUGACACCUCUGGACAAAUAUUGGAGAAGGAAAAAUUCAAGAUACAAGGAAUGGGUAUUGAAACUCAAAAGCAAGAGGGAGAAGAUGAGAUAGGCGAGGAGAAAGAAAAAACUGGAAGUAUUACGAUCAAAGGACACAUGACAAAGUACGGUAUAAAACUGCCGAAAGGAGAACUCAAAGGCUCCAAAGUGGACAUCACCAUGCCCAGUAUAGAUGUGUCCCGACCAAAGGGUAAAAUGGACAUCAAGAGUCGUGAAGUCGAGGUGGAGGGAGUACAGGUGGAAGGGGAUAUCAAACUGAAAGUCAAACAGGGGGAGGGGAAAGACAGCAAGUUCAAGAUGCCCAAAUUCAAGAUGCCAUCCUUUGGAGUCUCUGCUCCCAGCAAAGAGGGGGCAGCAGCAGUGGACGUGUCCCUGCCCAAGGCAGAGCUGGACGUGUCAGUGCCCUCUGUGCAGGGCGAAGUCAAGGCUGGCGACGUGAGUGUGGAGGUGCCCUCAGUGGAGCUGGACGUCAAGGGUGUGGACAUUGAAGGCCACUUGCCAGAGGGAGAAGUCCAGCUGGGCGACCUGAAAGCGAAGACAGGAGGUGCAGGCAUCAAAGGACACAUGCCCAAGGUGCACAUGCCCAGCAUCAAAAUGCCACAAAUGCCCAAAGCAGACAUCAAAGGCCCCAAAGUGGACAUCACCAUGCCCAGUGUAGACGUGUCCCUGCCCAAGGGCAAAGUGGACAUCAAGAGCCCUGAAGUCGAGGUGGAGGGAGUCAAGGUGGAAGGGGACAUCAAACUGGGAGACAAAGAGGUGGAGGGCAAGGACAGCAAGUUCAAGAUGCCCAAAUUCAAGAUGCCAUCCUUUGGAGUCUCUGCUCCCAGCAAAGAGGGGGCAGCAGCAGUGGACGUGUCCCUGCCCAAGGCAGAGCUGGACGUGUCAGUGCCCUCUGUGCAGGGCGAAGUCAAGGCUGGCGACGUGAGUGUGGAGGUGCCCUCAGUGGAGCUGGACGUCAAGGGUGUGGACAUUGAAGGCCACUUGCCAGAGGGAGAAGUCCAGCUGGGCGACCUGAAAGCGAAGACAGGAGGUGCAGGCAUCAAAGGACACAUGCCCAAGGUGCACAUGCCCAGCAUCAAAAUGCCACAAAUGCCCAAAGCAGACAUCAAAGGCCCCAAAGUGGACAUCACCAUGCCCAGUGUAGACGUGUCCCUGCCCAAGGGCAAAGUGGACAUCAAGAGCCCUGAAGUCGAGGUGGAGGGAGUCAAGGUGGAAGGGGACAUCAAGCUGGGAGACAAAGAGGUGGAGGGCAAGGACAGCAAGUUCAAGAUGCCCAAAUUCAAGAUGCCAUCCUUUGGAGUCUCUGCUCCCAGCAAAGAGGGGGCAGCAGCAGUGGACGUGUCCCUGCCCAAGGCAGAGCUGGAUGUGUCAGUGCCCUCUGUGCAGGGCGAAGUCAAGGCUGGCGACUUGAGUGUGGAGGUGCCCUCAGUGGAGCUGGACGUCAAGGGUGUGGACAUUGAAGGCCACUUGCCAGAGGGAGAAGUCCAGCUGGGCGACCUGAAAGCGAAGACAGGAGGUGCAGGCAUCAAAGGACACAUGCCCAAGGUGCACAUGCCCAGCAUCAAAAUGCCACAAAUGCCCAAAGCAGACAUCAAAGGCCCCAAAGUGGACAUCACCAUGCCCAGUGUAGACGUGUCCCUGCCCAAGGGCAAAGUGGACAUCAAGAGCCCUGAAGUCGAGGUGGAGGGAGUCAAGGUGGAAGGGGACAUCAAACUGGGAGACAAAGAGGUGGAGGGCAAGGACAGCAAGUUCAAGAUGCCCAAAUUCAAGAUGCCAUCCUUUGGAGUCUCUGCUCCCAGCAAAGAGGGGGCAGCAGCAGUGGACGUGUCCCUGCCCAAGGCAGAGCUGGAUGUGUCAGUGCCCUCUGUGCAGGGCGAAGUCAAGGCUGGCGACUUGAGUGUGGAGGUGCCCUCAGUGGAGCUGGACGUCAAGGGUGUGGACAUUGAAGGCCACUUGCCAGAGGGAGAAGUCCAGCUGGGCGACCUGAAAGCGAAGACAGGAGGUGCAGGCAUCAAAGGACACAUGCCCAAGGUGCACAUGCCCAGCAUCAAAAUGCCACAAAUGCCCAAAGCAGACAUCAAAGGCCCCAAAGUGGACAUCACCAUGCCCAGUGUAGACGUGUCCCUGCCCAAGGGCAAAGUGGACAUCAAGAGCCCUGAAGUCGAGGUGGAGGGAGUCAAGGUGGAAGGGGACAUCAAACUGGGAGACAAAGAGGUGGAGGGCAAGGACAGCAAGUUCAAGAUGCCCAAAUUCAAGAUGCCAUCCUUUGGAGUCUCUGCUCCCAGCAAAGAGGGGGCAGCAGCAGUGGACGUGUCCCUGCCCAAGGCAGAGCUGGAUGUGUCAGUGCCCUCUGUGCAGGGCGAAGUCAAGGCUGGCGACUUGAGUGUGGAGGUGCCCUCAGUGGAGCUGGACGUCAAGGGUGUGGACAUUGAAGGCCACUUGCCAGAGGGAGAAGUCCAGCUGGGCGACCUGAAAGCGAAGACAGGAGGUGCAGGCAUCAAAGGACACAUGCCCAAGGUGCACAUGCCCAGCAUCAAAAUGCCACAAAUGCCCAAAGCAGACAUCAAAGGCCCCAAAGUGGACAUCACCAUGCCCAGUGUAGACGUGUCCCUGCCCAAGGGCAAAGUGGACAUCAAGAGCCCUGAAGUCGAGGUGGAGGGAGUCAAGGUGGAAGGGGACAUCAAGCUGGGAGACAAAGAGGUGGAGGGCAAGGACAGCAAGUUCAAGAUGCCCAAAUUCAAGAUGCCAUCCUUUGGAGUCUCUGCUCCCAGCAAAGAGGGGGCAGCAGCAGUGGACGUGUCCCUGCCCAAGGCAGAGCUGGAUGUGUCAGUGCCCUCUGUGCAGGGCGAAGUCAAGGCUGGCGACUUGAGUGUGGAGGUGCCCUCAGUGGAGCUGGACGUCAAGGGUGUGGACAUUGAAGGCCACUUGCCAGAGGGAGAAGUCCAGCUGGGCGACCUGAAAGCGAAGACAGGAGGUGCAGGCAUCAAAGGACACAUGCCCAAGGUGCACAUGCCCAGCAUCAAAAUGCCACAAAUGCCCAAAGCAGACAUCAAAGGCCCCAAAGUGGACAUCACCAUGCCCAGUGUAGACGUGUCCCUGCCCAAGGGCAAAGUGGACAUCAAGAGCCCUGAAGUCGAGGUGGAGGGAGUCAAGGUGGAAGGGGACAUCAAACUGGGAGACAAAGAGGUGGAGGGCAAGGACAGCAAGUUCAAGAUGCCCAAAUUCAAGAUGCCAUCCUUUGGAGUCUCUGCUCCCAGCAAAGAGGGGGCAGCAGCAGUGGACGUGUCCCUGCCCAAGGCAGAGCUGGAUGUGUCAGUGCCCUCUGUGCAGGGCGAAGUCAAGGCUGGCGACUUGAGUGUGGAGGUGCCCUCAGUGGAGCUGGACGUCAAGGGUGUGGACAUUGAAGGCCACUUGCCAGAGGGAGAAGUCCAGCUGGGCGACCUGAAAGCGAAGACAGGAGGUGCAGGCAUCAAAGGACACAUGCCCAAGGUGCACAUGCCCAGCAUCAAAAUGCCA